AUGCAUACCAGUAUACCACCACCAUCAUCAAUCCAUCACCACCCAGAUCUGAGACGAUCAGAUAACAAACAGCUCAGCCAAGGCGAUAAGCAUGGCGUUCCAUCUCCCCACGCUCUGCGCUGCUCCUAGCACAUUCCUCCUCGUCUCUUCCCCUCACUCCCGGCAGACUAACUCCAUCCCGGCAACAGCGCGUCGUCAUCGUCGUCGUAACCCCGCGCGCCCCGUGAAGGCGACCACGUUGGCGGAGGAGGCCUCGACAGACUGCGACGACACGAAGCUCUCUGCGUGGACCAGCGUCCGGCAGGAGCGGUGGGAAGGCGAGCUCGCCGUCGAAGGACGCCUCCCUGAUUGGCUGAACGGCACGUACCUGCGGAACGGGCCGGGGCUGUGGGACGUGGGCGGCGGCGACUUCCACCACCUGUUCGACGGCUACGCCACGCUGGUCCGCAUCUCCUUCCGGCAGGGCCGCGCCACGGGCGCGCACCGUCAGAUCGAGUCGGACGCGUACAAGGCCGCCGUGGCGAGCGGCCGCCCCGUCCUGCGCGAGUUCUCGCAGUGCCCCAAGCCCCGUAACCUGCUCGACCGCGUGACCAACGCCGUCGGGAUCGCCAGCGGCGCGGUGCUCACGGACAACCCCAACAGCGCCGUCCUGCCGCUCGGGGACGGCCGGGUGCUGUGCGUCACCGAGACCACCAAGAGCUCCAUCCUGAUCGACCCGGACACGCUCGCCACGGUCGGCAAGUUCGAGUACGCAGACGGCCUCGGCGGCAUGAUGAUACAGUCCGCGCACCCGAUCGUGACCGAGUCCGAGCUCCUGACUGUGCUCCCCGACCUCGCGCGGCCGGGACACCUCGUCGUCAGGAUGGCGGUCGGGAGCGACGAGAGAAAGGUGGUGGGCAGGGUGGGCUGCCGCGGGGGGCCGACCCCGGGGUGGAUGCACUCGUUCGCCGUCACGGAGAACUACGUCGUCGUGCCGGAGAUGCCGCUCCGGUACUCGGCCAGCAGCCUGGUCAAGUCGGAGCUCGCCCCGUACUACGCCUUCGAGUGGCUCCCGGCGUCCGGCAGCUACAUGCACGUCAUGUGCAGGUCCACCGGGAAGACGGUGGCGAGCGUCGAGGUGCCGCCGUUCAUGGCGAUCCACUACAUCAAUGCGUACGAGGAGAAAGACGAGGACGGCCGGGCUGCGGCCGUCAUCGUCGACUGCUGCGAGCACUACGGCGACCCCGCCAUCAUCGAGACGCUUGUCCUCCACAGGUUGAGAUCGCUCAGGGACGAGGACGUGUUGCCUAACGCCAGGGUGGGCCGGUUCACGAUACCGCUGGACGGGAGCCCGUACGGCGAGCUCGAGACGGCGCUGGGCCCGGAGGAGCACGGCCGUGGGAUGGACAUGUGCAGCAUCAACCCGGCCUACCUCGGCAAGAGGUACCGGUACGCCUACGCCUGCGGCGCCCGCCGGCCGUGCAACUUCCCCAACACCGUCACCAAGAUCGACCUGGUCGAGAAGACGGCCAAGAAUUGGCACGAUGAGGGCGCCGUGCCGUCCGAGCCCUUCUUCGUGGCCAGGCCCGGAGCAACGGACGAAGACGAUGGAGUGGUGAUAUCUAUUGUAAGCGCCGUCGGUGGAGAUGGCUAUGCGCUAGUGCUGGACGCGACGACGUUCCAAGAGAUUGCGCGCGUGAGGUUCCCUUAUGGCCUGCCCUACGGCUUCCACGGUUGCUGGAUCCAUGACAAAGAUCUUACCAGGCGUUUUGAUAGCAGUGUACAAGUUAAUUAGCUACACGGUGCACCAGUAUGUAAACAAAUGUUCCUUCUGCAGUAGUGAGGGAUGUAUCGAAACUGUUGGAUUUUAAUCCAAUUGUCAGAAAAGUGGUAUAAUUCACUCAUGAAAUCUACUAGUAGAUGAACAGGUAGUUUCAUAAUAAAAUGGAGUUUGGUUCCAUUGACCCAA